CGCAGACUCCGACGUUACAGUUAGUGGCGUGUUCUUUCGCGAAACGACCGACCCUGUCAUUCCAUCUGUCUUAGCAUCCUGCCAAGUUCCGUUAUAUAAUUUCAUCGUGAUCAGGUUCGUUGCCAUUGGGUCCAUUUGCUCAUUUUCGUAGCCUGAGCAACCAUCACGCAAAUGGGAACAAACGUGAAAAGACGGCACUUCGAUUUGCCGCAUUUCAAAUCAGUUAGCAGAAUCUCCAAUCUUCCUAUUGUAGAAUACAGUAUAAAUAUCACCGGCAAUGCCUACGCUAGGAUAAAGCGAUCGAAUUCACUGGUGGAUUGGAGUCUGUGCACUGCUGAGAACUCGCUUGCGAUCGCCACAGCGUCGGCGAAACCGAUUGCGAAUGCGAUUUCCGGUCCUAUCACGACGAUCGAUCAGUUGCUUUGCAAGGGUAUCGAUAUCGUCGAGCAGAGAGUACCGGCCGUGCAUCUUCCACCCCAUCUUAUGUACCGGAACGCGCGAGAGUACGUAAACGUCAAAAUCGUGAGGCCCGUUUUGACACGUGCCGAAAGUGUGAAAGAGAUCGGAAGCCAAGCUGCGAACGCAGCGGCAGACAGAUUAGACGGUGCUCUGACUGUCGCGGACAAUUAUGUUGAUCGUUAUUUGCCUGCUGACGUUACCGAUGGCGUAGAUGAUGUUUCUUCUUCCGAACCGGUAAGUAAGACUAAACGAACGAUCAAACGCGGCGCCAGACUUUCAAAGAAAUUACAGCAUCGACUAACGCGUCGCACGUUGGCAGAAGCUCGAGCUUUGAAGGACCAGGGGACGGAGUGUAUUCAUAUACUUCUGUAUGUCGUAGAACUGUUAGCAACGGAUCCGAAAUUAGCGUUUCAAAAGGCGAAAGAGCUUUGGAAAACGUUGAGCCUGCCCGAGCCAGAAAAUCAAGCCAGGCCGACCACUCUGGAGCAGUUGUUGGUUCUUCUGACCCGUGAAUCCGCGCGUCGUAUUGUUCAUCUGGUGAAUGGGGCAGCAGCGUUAGCGUCGAAAGCCCCUAACAGUCUUGCCAGACUUCUCAUUACAGUUGCUUGUCAAUUGUCGGUGGUUGCCGAUACUACCCUCGAAAUGAUGUCGGCUAUUGGGAAGAAGAUUCUGGGGAGAGAGCAAAUCUCAGCGAUAUAUACGGUCAUAGACAGGCUCAACUCAAUUACAAAUCGUUUGUUGGAGCAGUUCGCAGCUUUUCUAGCUGGUCGUCCAACUGUUUCCAAAGUAACAAACGUGGAGAGUCAUCGGCAAAACCACAAUAACCACACGUCGGUGUCUUCCAAUGCCGCAGUUAAUGGUAUCGAGUAAGAAAACGAUGCUUGAAAGUUAUCCUGCGUGAGUUCCAUCUUAUAUACAGCUGUGUAUCAGGAGAAAUUCCUCAUUGAAAUUUCACAGAUAAAUAAUAUCGACUGCAAUUCAAUGUUUGAAUAUUUCUACACCCACGUUCAGACGAGCAAUUAAUUAAUAUUCUUCUUUUAUCGAGGACACAGCAUAUCCGUGUCGUCGUACAAAUUAUUCUUUAUCCUUAGUAUACGAACGUUAAUGUUUAGGAGUAAGAAAAUGUAAAAACAAAUGUUAUAGUAAUUUCACACAAUCAUUAUGAUGUCAAUAUUGGAUUUGUUCGUGGAUUCUCGUGCGUUAUAUAUAUUUUUAAGAAGCUUGCUAUCUCUAUCAUUGCACUAAACAUAUAUAAUUACAUCGUAAAUUGUAUCUGUUUAAUCCAAUGCAGAUUUCUUUGCACCAGUUCGUGCAUUCGUAAUUAUUCUCUCUGGCAUAUUUCUUGCAUUCUGCAUCGUCAAACGAUACCGCUUCUAAAUAAAUCUCUAUUUUUAAAUUAUGCAGAGAAUUGUCACGAUGCAACUAUAAUAAAUAAGUUACGAAUUUAGAUAAGUAAUUUUGUUGAAGCAUCAAUAUAACCUAAUUAUCGCUUUCGUUAGUUAUCAAAACCUAGUUAUCAUAAAAUUAAUGAAACUAGAUUUUACAACUAGCACGUUAAAAUUAAAAUUCUCUCGUCAAAGUGUCGAUAAAACGCACGCACGCGCAAUCGGGAAUAAUUGAACUAAAAAUUUCGAUUUUUUUUUUUAACUAGAUACGCUUUAAAUCAUAUGAUAGAAUCUUUAUGCGUUUCGUUAUUUUUUUUUUUCUUACUUUGUGAUAAUGUUAUAUUUCAACAUUUUCAUGCACGUAUAUAAAUGCGUUUUUCUUGAAGAAUAUUACUCAUUUCGCGGACAUAAUUUAAAUUCUUAUUUCUUAGAUCUGCGUUCAGUUUGCAAACACCGACGAUAAUCUCAGUUAAUUCAUUUGUCAACAGUAUUUCAAUCAUAUAAAAAUGAAUCUCUAUGUCUUUAUAUAUAU